AACAAAGCGAGACCGGAAACAGGUUUGAUAUGACCGGAUUGUGUUUACAAGGGACAUUUCUAAAGUAACUGCCAAGCAGCGCCAUAUAUGGCGAUAGCCACGCCUACAUUUGCAAUUAAGUAUUCACAGUAAAUAUACGCGUCAUCACAGAGUCGGAAUGACUUGGGUGAACCGAUGCUGAAUUUCAAAGCGCCCAGAACUGCUGUCUAAAUUCAAGGUAUUUCGAGUGGAUUUCACCGCUGAUUUCUCGUCGAUUGUUUUCAAGAACAACUGGCGUCCCGCUAAACGCGGUGGAAGCUUUGGAAUGUGAAUCUCACUACAAUAAUGGCUCGUCGACAGAAUGACGGUCUCCGCGUUGUUGAAUCUCAGCCACGAUCAAUCAUCGCGUAUAACAACAGCAUCUACAAUCCGUUGAACUGUACCCAGUUGAAAUUGAAUCAAGUUCGGGCAAUAGAAAACGACUACACAGAUCAUCUGGUUUGGGAGCCAAACGUCAAUAAUAGGUCGUCUUCACGCCCUUCCUCCUCGCCGACCCGAAAGGCACAUGUUUACUCGCACUUGAUGUUUGAUGAAUAUUACCAGUCUGCCAAAAUUCCAACUGGACAGUUGAAAUCAUCGACACUGGUCACGACAAAUGGAUACAAUUCCACGAACGGAACAGUUAUCCAGGUGGUGCGGUCGCCGCCGAGCUUCAACAAACCAGUACGGCCGCCACCACCAAAGAUACCCACUAGCAACUGGAAAUCCCACGACACCGAGAAAACACCGCCGGAACUUUCUCCGCGACCAGAUUUGGUGAAAGAACGACCGACAGCAAGCCACGGACACGAUCAAAAGUCGAUUUUAAUUUGCCCUUUUUGUGGACUUUGUAAAUGUGCUGGAUGUAAAAGCAGUAAGGAGUUACCGGAAAAGUGGCUAUGUGAUGGACGGUGUUUGCUCUCCGCCGAAAGUGCCGUGGAUUAUGGCUCGUGUCUCUGCGCCGUCAAGGGGACAUUUUACCAUUGUUCAUCGUGUGUUGCCAACGAGGACGAGGACUAUGGAUGUUCAGACAACCCAUGUCUUUGCUCAAAGCCAGGGGAAAAUCAUUGCUGUACCCGGUGGAUUACGAUGGGGCUUAUGUCGAUGUGUUUUCCAUGUCUCGUGUGUUACCUGCCCGGGAAACUCUGUGUGCGUAUGUGCCGCGCGUGCUAUGGUGGCACGCAUCAUAGGGGCUGCAGGUGCCCUCCGAGAGUCCAAGAACAACUAAACCAUUUACUCUAGUCAUUUAACACUGCCUAAAUAAGAAGCUAUGUCACUCUGACCACACAUGACUCAAGUCCGACCUGGUUGACAUUUUGUGGAAGUGCGGACACUCCCCCACACGCAACCGUGAGUGACACGAGCUCUUUAAUAACUCUCUCCUUUUAAGUUUUGUAUAUAAUGAAUGUUUAUAGUUAUUUGCUUAAAAACUAGCUUCUUUGUAUAAAAGGUAUUUUGUGUUGUGCUUUUUUUUUCGAACCAUGUUGUGUAAAUUUUAGACUUUAACGAGGCGUACCCAGCGAAAUAUUGGGUAUGUUUUCAUGGUUCGGAAAGUCCUUUAAAAUCCUAGAUUUAUAACAAUAUGCGGACCGUUUUCGAACAACAGUCGACAACUUCUCUGUUGAUUCGUCUUAACUUAUUUACAGUGUUUGUUUUGUGAAACAAGUUAUUUAGUAUCCUACCCCCAAUUUCCCCUUUUCGACUACUGGGAACAACUGUCACUGGCAUUUUACCUUGACAAAAACAGAAACAUUGUUGCAUUUUCACUGUGCCAUUUCCCCCCAGCUGGCGCGGUCUUGCGGUUUAAUAUAUUGUGAAAAGGCACUUAUUCCUCACUCAUUCUUUAUCGACUGGAGACAAAUUGUCUAAACUUCGUCACACAAGCUCACUCUUGGCAAAUCUCUCACUCCAAAUUACUGUUACUGUUGUUUUUGGGCAGUUCCGUUCCCGCAUUGAAAUGCGUUGUACAUGCAUGCCGUAUUAGAACGCUCUGUUCAUGUUUCAAUGCUACAAUAAUGCGUGGAUACAAUGUCGAGAAAACCACGGAAUAAAAGCGCGUCUAUGGAGGCCAUGCCUUUGUAAAGGGCAUCGUUUGUAGACACACUUUAAUAAUGCGGUUUUAAUGGGAUUGAAAAAAAAGACACUUUGCCGGUUCAACUGUGUUGCUGUUUGUUCAAUAUAUUGAUAAAUCUGCAUAUGUAAUUUUGAGAACAGGAAUUGCAACAAAUCACUGCCAAUUGUUAUUACCCUAUUAAAUGGCAAGUGUUAUUUUGCAAAAUAUAGUAUUUAAGAAAAAAAGACAAUUUCAGCAGUCUUGUUAUAAUAUAUGUAUUAAACUUUAGAAAAC